AUGGAUUUAGAAAGAAUUCUUAAACAAGUUUUCAACAAAAAAAAAUUAACAGAAGACAUUGCAAGAAAACUUUUUGUGAUUGCUUAUCUUAAAACUGCUCUGGAAGAGCUAUUGCUAGCUCAACCUCAUGUUAAAUGUUUAAAUGCUAGUGCAUGGUCUGCUUGCUCUAAUAUUAAAACUGAGCUUACUAAAUGA